ACUUUGUGAGCGUCGGCGGCUAUGGCGUUCGCGAAGACGGUGGUUUAAUGGAUCGGUUCCUUUCUGAGAAGAUGCCGUGAAACUUGACUUUAAGCGAAAAAAAGGAAUACAAUCGGUGCAUGCUCGCAAGUGACUCCGAAUCAACGAACGAGUACAUUUGCCUGAUGGAAUCGGCCUCGACGUACGCGGCACCUGUCAAGUUCGGCAAGUUCGAGACGUCAAACGCCCAUCACAAACGCCGCGAUGUUGAAGCUCAUGUGAGAAGAUCCUUUUUGUUUGUGUUUGUGCGUGCCCUCCAUUGAGUGCUGCUUACGCAUUUCCUGCCUUUCUUUCGUCGCCGCCCACCUUUAUCUCGUUUUAUUUCGAGUGACCAAGAUAGCGCGCUACCAAUCGCAUAGGAAGGCCGAAGAAAUAAUUAUUACGAUAAUUAAAUUUGGGAUGGACGGUACCGAUCAUGCUCGUUUACUUCCGAAAGCGCCGGCAGACGACGAGGUGGAGGUGGCGUUCUCGGACGGCUCGGCGAGCCGCGAGGGCACAGAGGUGGACCUGCAGCCGGCGUCUGGGGGCGGAGGGCGUGCCUGGGGAGAGAGCGGGACGGAAGAGGAGGAGGAGGAGCUCAAGUACGGGGCCAAGCACGUCAUCCGCCUCUUCGUGCCGGUCUCCCUCUGCAUGCUGGUGGUAGUGGCCACCAUCAGCUCCAUCAGCUUCUACAGGCACACCAACACCUACCUGGUGUACACUCCGUUUACGGACCAGACGGUGGACACGGGCACCAAGGUGUGGCAAUCGUUUGCCAACGCCUUCAUCCUCAUGGGUGUCAUAGUGGUCAUGACCAUCCUGCUCAUUCUGCUGUACAAGUUCCGCUGCUACAAGGUGAUUCACGCCUGGCUCAUUGUGUCCUCGCUGCUGCUAGUGUUCCUCUUCGCAUACAUCUAUCUCGGGGAGGUGCUGCGUGCCUACAACGUCCCGAUGGACUACCUGACGGUGGCUCUGGUGAUGUGGAACUUCGGGGUGGUGGGCAUGAUCUCGAUCCACUGGAAAGGGCCCCUGCUCCUGCAGCAAGCCUACCUGAUCCUGGUGUCGGCCCUCAUGGCACUCGUCUUCAUCAAGUACCUCCCCGACUGGACCGCCUGGGUCGUCCUGGGCGUCAUCUCCGUCUGGGACUUGAUAGCGGUGCUGUGCCCGAAGGGACCACUGCGGAUCCUGGUGGAAACAGCCCAGGAGCGCAACGAGCCCAUCUUUCCGGCACUCAUCUAUUCCUCGGCCAUGGUGUGGAACGUGGUGACGAUGGCGGACAGGGACCCCUUCUACUCUUCGCAGAACCAGCACGCCAGUCAGAGCGACGCGUCUUCGGGGUCCACGGCUAGCCCUGGGGGUCGACGGCGUUCGGCGGCCGGCGACGACGAGCCGACGGUGGAAGUGGAGCAGCCGCGGAUGCGCGGGAGCGGCCGGUCCCGCCGGCGCUCGCAGCGGGGCAGCAUGGCCAACAGCGGGACGCUGGCUGCCCUUGGGUCGUCACAGGGGUCCGCACCCGAAGUGGACGACCUCCCCCGCCAGGAAGAGGAGGAGAGAGGAGUCAAGCUAGGCCUGGGAGACUUCAUCUUUUACAGCGUCUUGGUGGGGAAGGCCUCGUCCUACGGCGACUGGAACACGACUAUCGCCUGCUUCGUGGCCAUCUUGAUCGGCUUGUGCCUAACACUUCUCCUGCUGGCCAUCUUCAAGAAGGCGUUGCCCGCGCUGCCGAUUUCCAUCACGUUCGGGCUGAUCUUCUACUUUGCGACGUCGUCACUCGUCCAACCCUUUGCGGACAGCCUCGCUGGCGAACAAGUUUUCAUCUGAGCUAGUCGCGACGACAUUGGGGUCGCACCGAAAUGCCAUAAUUUAUUCGACUGUAUUGUGACACGACGCCACUGGCUUUAGCCAAGGCCGUCUUCUGUCAUGUCACAUGAAUUUGGAUGCCUCCGUUCUUUCCGAAAAUCGUCCGUAAUAUGAGUAAUCCGUAACGACGAGACCAAAAUGCAUGUACAGUCGUGCCUCUUUAAUAUGGACCCCGCUAUAUGAACACCACUUUCGGGGAGAAAUUGGGAGAAUUCGUGCUUUUUUUGUCUCGUCAUUAUGGACAACUCAUUAUAUGGACGAUCUUUUACGGGAACGGAGGUGCCCAUAGUAACGAGACAUCACUGUAUUUGUGCAGUUCAUUUUGGAAAAUUUUGUCUGUAUAGUAGGGUGUCUGUAUUGUGUUUUCUGCAAAUGAUUGGCCAUCAAAAUGUUACGACACUUGACACUUUUCUUUUUUGGUUAGAAAGCUUGUGAGAAAUUUGGAAAUAGAACAGAGGAGCAAAGGGAUGCUAAUAUAAUUGUAUAUAGUACAUAUAUGCCACUAAACUGUCUGCUUGAAUUGUUCGGGUUUUGCAUCAUGCUUUAAGAUUCAAAAACACGAUUUAUUUAUUUUUUAUUUUUUUUACAAAUACUGCUUGCAAGGACUCAGUCCAAUUGUGUAGUAGGUCUUAUUUUUGUCGACAGGUUUUGAUGCUCUUUUGGCAUCUUCUGUAACAUUCGGACCCGAGAAAUAUUUUGCAACAGAAUCCGCACCCUGUGAGAAUUAUUGCAAGGUUAGAGAUUGAUUAGUUCACGCACUCAUUCCAGUUGCUGAACAUAUGGCACCGAAUUGUUGCUGUUAUGUUGCAUUUGUAACGAACUGCUUACAAAUCGCUUUCCAAUUGUGUCCUUGUCACUUGUGUCGCAUGUGAGCCGUUUCCGCAUUGCACAUUUGUGCACUGCUGAUGGAAAAUAAAAUGACGAGGAAACGGUA